AGCGAGAGAGAGAGGGAGAGGGAGGGUGUGAGGCUGGAAGUGUGUGAGUAGAGAGAGAGGGAGAGAGAGCUAGAGAGAGAGAGAAUCAGCCGUGUGUGUGAGAGGUUGAAGGAUCACUUCUAUCCCGUCUUGUUUUGGGAGACUAACCUUGUUCAUCUGAGCAUUGUGGGACUGUUUUAUGUUGUUGUUGUCGAGAGAGACGGACCCUUACUCCAGCAUGCUCACUGAGCCUGAGCUACCUCAGGAGUGUAACAGGAUGUCUUCCAAGCGACCAGCCUCUCCAUAUGGGGGGACAGAUGGAGAGGUAACCAUGGCAACCAGCAGACAGCGAAUGGAGGAUGAGGAGAGCGAGGGACUGGGCGGUGUCAUCCACCUCCCCCUGGCCUCCUACUGCGGCAAGGUGUCCCCCCGCUCGCCCCCCAACCGCAACCUGGACAGCCCCCCCAACACGGAGCACGAUGGCACUAAGGGGAUCUCACUGAGUCCUUACCCCCAGCACAAUGCUACCUCACCGGGCAAAGAAGAGGGCGGAGGCGGGGGUCGUCCCUGCAGCGACGGGGGCUCGGCCGCGGGCACCCUAGGAACCCCCGAGAGGCGUAAGGGCAGCCUGGCAGACGUGGUGGACACACUGAAGCAGCGCAAGAUGGAGGAGCUGAUCAAAAACGAGCCAGAAGAGGCCCCCAGCAUUGAGAGGCUGUUGUCAAAGGACUGGAAGGAUAAACUUUUGGCCAUGGGCUCAGGGCACAUCGGAGAAAUUAAAGGUACCCCGGACAGCCUGGCGGAGAAGGAGCGCCAGCUAAUGGGCAUGAUCGGCCAGUUGAGCAGCCUGAGGGAGCAGCUCCUGGCGGCCCACGAGGAGCAGAAGAAGCUGGCCGCCUCGCAGAUGGAGAAGCAGAGGCAGCAGAUGGAGCUGGCCAAGCAGCAGCAGGACCAGAUUGCCCGGCAACAGCAGCAGCUUCUGCAGCAGCAACACAAAAUCAACCUCCUGCAGCAACAAAUCCAGCAGGUCCAGGGCCAACUCCCGCCGCUGAUGAUUCCCGUCUUUCCUCCGGACCAGCGGACCCUGGCGGCGGCUGCGGCCCAGCAGGGCUUCCUGAUGCCCCCUGGCUUCAACUACAAGCCUGGCUGCAGUGACCCCUACCCUCUGCAGCUCAUCCCCACAACGAUGGCCGCCGCCGCCGCCGCCACGCCAGGCCUGGGACCCCUGCAGCUCCAGCAGUUGUACGCCGCUCAGCUGGCGGCCAUGCAGGUCUCACCCGGGGCCAAGCAGCACGGAGGCAGCCUCCCACCCCAGGCCAACCUGGGCACACACUCCCCACCCACCAACACACACUCGCAGAGUGACAAGGGCCGCAGCUCCCCUCAGACGAACAAGUCCAAGGACAGUGAGGGUGCACAGCCACUGAACCUGUCGGCCAAGCCUAAGGCAUCCGAGAGCAAGUCACCCAACUCCCCCCCAACUUCCCCACAGGUUCCCGCUGCUGCUGCUGCGACCAAGCUGGGUCCCGCCGGCUCCAUGAAGCACAGCAUUGCCCCCUCCAGCAUUGGAGGACCACCGACCAGAGUCAGCUCAAUAGCAGACUUGCUGUCAUCGCUGUCCUCGACAGCCUACCUGAACGACCACGAGGCCGUGACCAAGGCCUUCGCCGAGGCCCGGCAGAUGAAGGAGCAGCUGAAGAGGGAGCAGCAGGUCCUGGACGCGAAGGUGGCGGCCGUCAGCAACCUCAGCCUCAACAACGGCCGCUCGGACAAGGACAAGGCCGCCUUGGAGAGUCUGAGUCAACAGCUGAAGCAGCAGGCGGAGGACAAGUUCAGCCACGCCAUGCUGGACUUCACCAUGAGCGGAGACUCUGACGGUUCCCCCAGCGUGUCAGACUCCAGGAUAUUCCGAGAGGCCCGGGGCCGGACCACCACCGAGCCGCACAUCAAGCGGCCGAUGAACGCCUUCAUGGUCUGGGCCAAGGACGAGAGGCGAAAGAUCCUCCAGGCCUUCCCCGACAUGCACAACUCCAACAUCAGCAAGAUCCUCGGCUCGCGCUGGAAAGCCAUGACCAACCUGGAGAAGCAGCCGUACUACGAGGAGCAGGCUCGCCUCAGCAAGCAGCACCUGGAGAAGUACCCGGACUACAAGUACAAGCCGCGGCCCAAACGCACCUGCCUGGUGGACGGCAAGAAGCUGCGCAUCGGCGAGUACAAGGCCAUCAUGAGGUCCCGCAGGCAGGAGAUGAGACAAUACUUCAGCGUGGGGCAGCAGGGCCAGAUGCCCCUGUCCUCCGCGGGCGUCGUCUACCCCGGAGCCCUGUCCAUGGCGGGGAUGCCGUCGCCCCAGAUGCCCUCGGAGCACUCCAGCAUGUCCAGCAGCCCCGAGCCCAACGCCAACCACCACCCGAACCCCCACAUGCCCGGCCUGAAGGGCGACGAGCCGCGGAUCAAGGAGGAGGAGCUGCGGUUAGACGACAGCAACGGCGACGUGUACGACGACUUCGACUACGAGGACGAGGAGGCGGACUACGCCAGCGACAACGACAACCACAUCACCCAAUAGGACGGCGCCCGCCGCUGCCGCUGCCGCUGCCGCCGCCGCCGCCGCCGCCUGCUUUGAAGCCAAUCACCGCUGGUAAAUCUCACCAAACCCCCCGAACCCACCAAUCAGGAAGAAAACUCUCUCUUUUGCCAAUCACCUGAAGAACCAGUCUCACAAAAAAACUGCCACCCGUCCUCGUCCCCUCCUCCCGACUAACCCGGACUCUUCUAACAGAGCCACCCCCCCCCCCCCCCCUCCCCCUCCGCCCCCCCCUCCUCCCACUGGAGUCCUGAUACCAGCAUCUGAUCAAUCAACUGAAGCACAGGACCUGUCACUCACACUGACUGUUACACAAACUGGAGUCUGGGAGGAAGAGACGACCGAGCCGGUUCUGAAGCUUGCUGAGGAAUAUUCGAGUACUACUGCAAGAGUCUUGAGUGAAACGCCACGACUGAGGAGAACUGAAAAAAAAAAGAAACACACAAAAAAAAAAAAAAAAAAAAAAGUCCCCCCUCAGAGCGCAAACCUUUUAGUCCUGUUUGUAGGAGCGGAGACGUUUUAAAAAAAUGAACCCUGAAACAGUGGACCUGUCAAAGGCCAACACAAAGACGACACUUUAAGACGGCGGACCUGUUUAUUAUCAAGAGACACUUUUAAACAAACAGCUUUUUUUGUUCUUUGGUUCUAUAAUAUUCUCACUCAGGUACACGGUGCCAAUAAGUGGCUUGUGAAUGUGAUUUGUUGUUUUUUGUGCUACAAGUUUGAAUAAUAAUAGAAAAAAGAGACAUUUCUUUUUUCCCCUUUUGUUGUAAAGCACCUGAAGGACAUCAGACGUUUAUUUUUAACUGAAAGAUAUCUUUUCUUCAACCUCGCAGCGUGCUGUCAGUGGUCCCCCCCCCCACACCCGACCCCCUUCCCUCUCCUUUUUUUUCUGUGUUUUUGUGCUGCCCCCCUACCCCCUAGACAGAAUCCCAACGGGACGGUCCAGCCGGGACGGACCAGCGCGGCAGCGUCCCACUUCGAGUUGGUUUUCCGGGGGGUGUAGGGGGGCAAAGGGGGGUCAUCAGCGGAGUCUCAGAAGUGAAAGCACUGUGUCACGAGACAAUCCAGCAGUUUUCUUCUCGCUCCGCCCCCCUGCCCCCACCUCCCGUCCACCUCGAUCUCAUCCAGGGCGAAACAUCCCGUCAGCUCGAAACACCCGGCGGUGUGAGCGUGUGCGUGUCUGCAGCGUGUGCGCUCGUGUAUUUUCUUUCUUUUUAAGUACAAGCUAAAAAAAAAACAAUUCUCAAAAACACACAAAAAGAAAAAAAAAAGUCUUGCAUACAGAAAGACAGGCAACUGAUGCUGCUGCUGUUAUUCACCGCGUAACGCGCGCACGCACACUCGCAGCCGCCGUCCCGUCCUUCGGUGCCCCCCCCCCCCCCCCCCCCAUCCAUCCCUCUCCCCCCGCUCCCUCCAAUCAACGUCGUCCUGCUGUACGCCAGUGGGCGGAGCCGAGGUGAAGUCAGCCAGUCAGUGUUUCUGUUUGUAUUUGAAUACUGUAUUUUAUUAUUUCUCUUCAAACUGCCUCUAGUCUAAUAAUAUUAUUAACAAUAAUUAUAAGGAUGGUCAGCAUUUCCUAAGUUUUAGUAAGUUAUGUACAGUAUAAUUUAUUUUUCUCCUCUUUAUUGGGUUUUUAUGACCAUAUGAAACUAUGACAGUCAAUGAAGCAUUAUUCUAUUUAGCUGGUAGGUAUUUAGAUCUAAACAAAAGUUGUCAUUUUACCUUGCUUUGCUUCUUCUUCUUUUUUUUUUUCUUUUUUGGUUCCCCCCCUUCCCCUUUCUCGUUUUGUAUUAAUCCGCGUGGGCGACAGUGAGCUGGACGGACAGACUCGACGCCAGGACCCUUCUUCUUCUUCUUCUUCUUCUUUUUUUACCCCCACGUCUAAACCCAUUUCUAAGAAGCACUCAGACUCUGUGCAGUCAGAGAAGAAGAAGAACAUGAUUUUUUUUUUUUAUUGUUAUUAUAAUUUUAUUUGUAAUAAUUAUCAUAAAUGUAUAAUGUGAAGUUCCCUCUCUUUUAUUAUUUUUUAUUUUUUUGGAUAUCAGUUUUUCUGUGAACAAAGAGACCCGUCCCCGUUUACUAGUUUGGCCGCCUCACCGAGACGCGGUGGAACAUCUCUGGCGUGGAUCCACACACACACACACACGCACGCACACACACACACACACACACGAAACACACGCAUAAACACAAUCACACAUUUGAAACGAAGAGAUUAUCGUGACAACCAAACAAAUCCUAUGCUGUCCUUUUUUUUUUUUUCUGUUUUAUGAAAUCUAGGAUUCUAGAUUUAAAAUCCUGUACAUAUGUUUUUGUGAUAGCAGUGAUUUUCUUAAUUUUUCUUUUGAAAUCAUAGGAAAGCAGUGUUUACCGUGAUCCGCCGAGAAUGUUCCACUGUGCGCGUGCGUGCGUAGUGUGUGUGCGUGCGUGCGUGGGCGUGAGAUGACCAGACGUAUCUACAGUAUCUUUAACAUCAGGAGCCCUUUGCUUUGUUUGAGCUCCACGCGAUGCAAACCGGAGCCAUGACUACUCUUCAGGUGUCACAUAGUGAUCCCCCUACAAUCAUUCUCGCUAUAGAUGUUUGCCACAUAAUGAGCUUCUGGGUCUUAAUUUUCUUGCUGUAUAGUCACCCCUGUUAUCACACAGUUGUUUAACCCGAUGCUGGAGAGAGGGGACUAAGUGGAUUGAUCCAUUUUUUUAUUUUUUUUUUAUCAGGGGAGGGGGUGGGUGGGGCAUUAAGAUAUCAAUCAUCCCUGCUGGCAAGGUCUGUCCCCAUAUCAAGACAAUGAAAAUGAUGAUGAUGAUGAUGAUAUUAUUUAAGACAAUCAAAAGUCACGAGUGGAGCUCAAAACAAAGUAAGAAUUAUUACAAGUUAACAAAAAAAAAAUAUCUUACCAUCUCAACUUGAAAAAUCAAGAAAGAUAAUUAUGUAAAUAUAACAUAGAGUUAUAGAUUUAUAUUUUGUUCAUAACACAGUGUAAUAUAAGUUGUAUAUUUCUUUUUUUUUUCCUCUCCCUACUGUCUCUUUUAUUGAUGUUAUCCAUGCCACAAGAAAAAGCAAGAGUCGCAGCGCUCUCACAAAAAAAAUGAAGAAAAAUAUCAAAGAAAUAAAAGAAAAACAGGAAAAAAAAAAUAAGCCGUGGGCUGCCACCACCAUCUGUUCUAAGUUCACUUUUUUUCAGUAUUACUGCCAGACAAGGCUCUAAUAAAGACAGCAAUGUGUUCAGUAAAAA